CGGAACAGGAGGACCCACGCACUUCUCCGCGGACAUGAAUGCAGGAAGCAGCGGAGCCGGCAUCGGUUUCAGCAUGUGGCUUCUGUGCCUGUCACUGCUGGCGUUGAUUGCUGCCAGUGCAGCAGCGGAUUCCAAGGCUGUCACCACCACCCUCACUACCAAGUGGGCAGAUACGCCCCUGCUGCUCGAGGCCAGCGAGUUCAUGGCUGAGGAAAGUCUGGAAAAGUUCUGGAACUUUGUUGAAGCCAACCAGAACAUCGAGGGGGAGCAUGACGAUACCGACCAGGCCUACUACGAUCUGAUCGUGAAACAAGCGGGAGUGCUGCUGAGUUCUGUCCAGCUGAACAUGCUGAAGUUCGCUCUUUCCCUCCGAGCCUACUCCGCGACCGUCCACUCCUUCCAGCAGAUUGCGUCCAACGAGCCGCCUCCAACCAGCUGCUCUGCCUUUUUCAGUGUCCAUGGAGAAAAGACCUGUUCGGCUGAUGGUCUGGCAUCGUUGCUGGAAACGGCUCCCGACAGGCCGAAGCCAUACCUUUUCAAAGGUGACCAUAAAUACCUUGGCUCAAACCCUGACGCACCUGUUGUCAUUCUGUACGCUGAGGUGGGGACUCCCAAUUUCCAGGAGCUUCACAGAGUCAUCACAUCUAAAGUGGAGGAGGGUUUGGCGUCGUACGUGCUCCGGCAUUAUGUUGCAAAUCCCAGCAGCAAAAGAGUUCAUCUCUCUGGUUACGGGGUGGAACUGGCCAUCAAAAGUCAAGAGUAUAAAGCAAAGGACGACACUCAAGUUCAAGGGGCAGAGGUCAACGCCACUGUAAUAGGGGAGAACGAUCCAGUGGACGAGGUCCAGGGCUUUCUCUUUGGCAAACUGAAGACCCUUUACCCGGAGCUUAAGGAACAGCUGAAAGAGCUGAGGAAGCAUCUGGUGGAAAGCACCAAUGAGAUGGCUCCUCUGAAGGUCUGGCAGAUGCAAGACCUGAGUUUUCAAACAGCGGCUCGCAUCCUUGCUGCUCCGUCUGCGGAGGCUCUCAACGUCAUGCGAGACCUCAGCCAGAACUUCCCCACUAAAGCCAGGUCCAUCACCAAAACAGCGGUCAGUGCUGACAUCCGCAAAGAGAUUGGUGAGAAUCAGAAGUUUUUCAAAGGAACUCUGGGGCUGCAGCCGGGUGACUCAGCUCUGUUCAUCAAUGGACUUCACAUCGAUCUGGAGUCACAGGACAUUUUCAGCGUAUUUGAAGUGCUGCGCAGCGAGGCCCGGGUGAUGGAGGGGCUCCGCUCUCUGCAAAUUGAGACCCCCUUUAUCCAUGACAUCCUGAAACUCAACGUCCAGCCGUCCGACUCAGAUUAUGCCGUGGACAUCCGCAGUCCUGCGAUCCUUUGGAUCAACAACCUGGAGACGGACCACCGCUAUAGCUCUUGGCCCUACAAUGUGCAGGAGCUGCUGAGACCAACAUUCCCCGGAGUGAUCCGGCAGAUUCGGAAGAAUCUCCACAAUCUGGUGAUGAUUCUGGAUCCGACACAGGAGCACUGUGCUGAGCUUUUGAACGUCGCAGAGAUGUUCUACACCAACAACAUCCCACUGAGGAUCGGACUGGUUUUUGUGGUGUCUGAUGACGACGACGUUGACGGCCGGCAGGAUGUGGGGGUGGCUCUGGUGCGAGCCUACAACUACGUCAGGGACGAGGUGGACAGCCAGAGCGCCUUUGAAGCCGUCAUGGCGAUGUUCAACCGCAUUCCCAUUGGAGGGAAGCUGAGUGUUGGUGAUGUGGUGAAAGUGCUGGAGAAGAGGUUCCCGUACGUGGAGGUUGGGAGCAUCUUGGGGGCCGACUCCAGCUACGACAGCAACAGGAAGGAGGGUCGCAUGUACUACGAGCAAACCGGAGUGGGUCCUCUACCUGUUGUGAUGUACAAUGGAAUCCCGUUCCAACGUGAGCACUUGGACCCGGAUGAGCUGGAGACUGUCACCAUGCAGAAGAUCCUGGAGACCACCUCCUUCUUCCAGAGGGCCGUCUACCUGGGAGAGCUGGCCAGUGAUCACGACGUUCUGGACUUCAUCAUGAAUCAGCCGAAUGUUGUUCCACGCAUCAACCCCAGAGUGCUCUCCACCAGCCGGGCUUAUCUGGACCUGUCUGACACCAACAACCAUUUUGUGGAUGAUUACGCUCGCUUCUCCACCUUGGACAGCCGGGAGAGGAGCGCUGCCGUGGCCAACAGCAUGAACUACAUGACCAAGAAAGGCUUGACUGCCACCAACAGGCAUGAUGAGGGUGUUAUCCGCCCGGUCACUUUCUGGGUGGUUGGGGAUUUCGACCAGCCAGCUGGGCGUCAGCUACUGUACGAUGCCAUCAGACACAUGAAAACCAGCAACAUUGUGCGACUGGGCAUGAUCAGCAACCCGUCGGGCGAUCUGUCCCCCGACACCACUCGAGUCACUCGAGCCAUCUGGGCUGCCAUGCAGACGCAGUCGGCCAAUAACGCCAAAAACUUCAUCACCAAAAUGGCGAAAGAGGAAACGGCUGCAGCUCUGGAAAGGGGUGUGGACAUCGCUGAGUUUGCGGUCGGGGGCAUGGAUGUGCCGCUGUUCAAGAGCGCCUUGCAGAGUGACAAGCUGGACUUCUUGCUGUCCCACGCUGCCUACUGCAGAGACGUGCUCAAACUGAAGAAAGGACAGAGAGCUGUUAUCAGCAACGGAAGAAUCAUUGGUCCACUGGAGGAGGAAGAGGUGUUCAACCAGGACGACUUCCUCCUGCUGGAGAGCAUCAUCCUCAAGACAUCCGGAGAGAGGAUCCGACACAAAGUGCAGCAGUUUGGGAUAGAAGAGGACAGGGCCAGUGACCUGGUGAUGAAAGUGGACGCUCUACUCUCGGCUCAGCCAAAAGGAGAAGCUCGGGUGGAAUAUGGCUUUGCUGAUGACCGCUACAGCGCGGUGAAGAUUCGCCCAAAGGAAGGAGACGUCUACUUUGAUGUGGUUGCAAUCGUCGACCCCGUGACCAGAGACGCACAGAAGCUGGCGCCCUUCCUCUCCGUUCUGAAGCAGCUGGUGAACGUCAAUCUACGGGUCUUCAUGAACUGUCAGUCCAAACUAUCGGAGCUGCCGCUGAAAAGCUUCUACCGUUACGUCUUGGAGCCGGACGUGGUGUUCCAGACCGAUGGCAGCUUCUCUCCUGGACCCUUGGCCAAGUUCCUGGACAUGCCUCAGACGCCGCUCUUCACUCUGAACCUCAACACCCCAGAGAGCUGGAUGGUGGAGUCGGUUCGCACUCGCUACGACCUGGACAACAUCUACCUGGAGGAGGUGGAGAACAUCGUGGCAGCAGAGUACGAGCUGGAGCACCUGCUGCUGGAAGGUCACUGUUUCGACGUGAGUUCAGGCCAGCCUCCGCGAGGCCUGCAGUUCACCCUGGGAACCGCCUCGGAGCCCGUCAUCGUGGACACCAUCGUCAUGGCCAACCUUGGUUACUUCCAGCUGAAGGCCAAUCCAGGAUCCUGGACCCUCAAACUGCGGAAAGGACGCUCCGACGAGAUCUACAAGAUUUACAGCCACGACGGCACUGACUCUCCCACAGACUCUGACGACAUCAUCGUGGUGCUCAACAGCUUCAAGAGCAGGAUCAUCAAGGUCAAGGUGCAGAAGAAACCAGACAAAUUCCAGGAGGAGCUUCUGAGCGAUGGGACUGAGGAGAACGACACAGGCUUCUGGAAGUCGCUGACUCGGGGCUUCACCGGAGGAGGGACGACAGAUGAGGUGAAGCAGGACAAGAACGACAUCAUCAACAUCUUCUCUGUGGCUUCAGGUCACCUGUACGAGCGGUUCCUCAGGAUCAUGAUGCUGUCGGUCCUGAAGAACACCAAGACCCCUGUCAAGUUCUGGUUCCUCAAGAACUACCUGUCUCCCACCUUCAAGGAGUUCAUCCCUCACAUGGCCAGGAAGUACGGCUUCCAGUACGAGCUGGUGCAGUACAAGUGGCCGCGCUGGCUCCACCAGCAGACGGAGAAGCAGCGCAUCAUCUGGGGCUACAAGAUCCUCUUCCUGGACGUGCUCUUCCCCCUGGCCGUGGACAAGAUCCUCUUCGUGGACGCCGACCAGAUUGUGCGCACGGACCUGAAGGAGCUGCGGGACCUGGACCUGGAGGGCGCGCCGUACGGCUACACGCCGUUCUGCGAGAGCCGGCGAGAGAUGGACGGCUACAGGUUCUGGAAGAGCGGCUACUGGGCCAGUCACCUCGCCGGACGCAAGUACCACAUCAGCGCCCUCUACGUGGUGGACUUGAAGAAGUUCAGGAAGAUCGCAGCAGGCGACCGACUGAGGGGGCAGUACCAGGGUCUGAGCCAGGACCCCAACAGCCUGUCCAAUUUGGACCAGGACCUGCCAAACAACAUGAUCCAUCAGGUCCCCAUCAAGUCUCUGCCUCAGGAGUGGCUCUGGUGCGAGACCUGGUGCGACGACGGCUCCAAGAGGAGCGCCAAGACCAUCGACCUGUGCAACAACCCAAUGACCAAGGAGCCCAAGCUGCAGGCAGCCGUCCGAAUAGUGGCAGAGUGGAGCGACUAUGACCAGGAGAUCAAGCGGCUGCAGACCCAGGUGCAGCAGGGCGCGGCGCAGAGUCCAGACACCAGGCCCCAGACAGACGUUCACUCAGAGCUGUGAGGACGAUCUGGACCCGAUGUGGAACCAAGCUCUGUUUCAAGAGUGGACUCAGGAUUCUUCCUCAAACUGACCCGGAUCAGUUUCAUGCUGUUUGUUUUCUGUGUCUGACUGUGGUUUCUGUGGGGGGUGGUGAGGGCGUGGGGGGGAGGGGAGAGCGGGGUUGCUGGGAUACAAAUUGGUAACAAAAAAAAAAAAUCAGGAAUCUGCUUCUGGACUGAGGUUUAAAUAGCAUUUGGGAAAUGGCGCCCCCAUGCGCCACUUCAGAGGCAGUGCAACAGUUUCAGUUUCUUUCAGGAUCGAACACCAAUGGAAACCGAACUUCCCAUCAACCGCAGCCGUCAUGCCUGCAGUGGCAAUACGUUUCUGUAACACACGGGGGCGCUAUUGGACGAGCUUACUACUCAGAAGUGAAGCAAAUGUUUUGAGUGACACUUGAAGUUAUCCACACUUUACUGUCCGUUUGGCGCAGCAGUGGAGUGUCAAUCUUUUUUUACAAUAAACUCUCAUGACCUCUUGA